GGCACCUGCUGGUCCAGCUCCAGCCUGUGCUGUAUUUAGGGAAGGUGCAGAAAUGGAGGGCCGGACACGAUUGGAGGUCCAAAUGAGUCAAGGUCGAGAUUCUAUCGCAAUCUUGUGCUGAAGAAGCCUUGGUGGGUCUUCAUUGCUAAUGCAGUAAUUACUUUCCCUUGUCACUUUUGGCUGUUUCAGCGUCCACGGGUGGUUGCUCCUUUUGCCCUCUUUUUCAUUAUGGUAAUGUAGUUAAAGGAAGUGUAUGGAUAUGGAACUCACACAUGGCUUUGGAGUUUCAUUGCCUGUAUGAUGCUGUACUUUCUAGGGUUUGUCGUGGUUAGUGUUGCAGAAGCAUCUAAGUCCUACCCUCUUUCUGCGAUUCGCAAAUGUGCCUGAGUGUGGGGUAGCGUGGAGAAGGGAGAGGGGGGAGCUAUGUUUUGGUGGUGAACAGUGGGUUUUGUGGUUUUAAAGAGUGUCGUGUCGGCGGUGUAGAGUUUUCCCUGUCUGCAAUUGUUGUUUCUGCAACUGUUGGCGAUUUUCUCAAGUAGGUAGGAGGAAAGAGAGGGAAACGAUGGCCCAGAAAUUUGAUUUCUCAGAUUGGUGGUCUAGCGAGACAAGGACGGGAACUCCUGUUGUGGUGACAAUGGAGAACCCCAACUUCUCUGUGCUGGAACUUGAUGGGCCGGAGUCCGCGUUCCAGCCAGCGGAGAAGGACCGAGGCAAGAAUGCGAAGCAAUUCACCUGGGUGUUGCUUCUCAAGGCCCACAGAGCAGUCGGCUGUGUCGCCUGGAUGGCGACGGCGCUCUGGGCUUUGCUUGGGACGGUUCAGAGGCGUUUGAUUUUCAGGCAAGGUGUGGUAAUGGAGUCGGAGAAGCCGCACAAGAACAGGCUGUUUAGAUUCAUAAGGGCUUUCUUGGCAAUUUCCUUGGCAUUUCUGGUUUUUGAGAUGGUAGCACACUUUAAGGGUUGGCACUUCCACAGGCCCAGUCUGGACAUGCUGCAUACGUCUGAGAUUCAAGGUUUCUUGCACGCAAUUUACUUGUCAUGGUUGUCGUUUAGAGCCGACUACAUUGCUCCCGCGAUUCAGGCACUGUCAAACUUCUGUGUUGUUCUAUUCCUCAUUCAGUCUGCUGAUCGGAUGAUUCUGUGUGUUGGUUGUUUCUGGAUCAAGUAUAAGAAGAUUAAACCUCAAAUUAAAGGUGAUCCUUUCAAAUCAGAAGACGCAGAGCUGCCUGGAUACGAGUACCCCAUGGUUCUUGUUCAGAUUCCUAUGUGCAACGAGAGGGAGGUCUACGAGCAAUCAAUCUCUGCUGUCUGCCACGUAGACUGGCCUAAGGACCGGUUGUUGAUUCAAGUUCUGGAUGAUUCGGACGAUGAGAGCAUCCAGUGUUUGAUCAGAGCUGAGGUUUCAAAAUGGAGCCAGCGGGGUGUGAACAUUAUCUACCGCCACCGCCUAGUGAGGACUGGCUACAAGGCUGGUAAUCUCAAGUCGGCGAUGAGUUGCGACUAUGUUAAGUCCUAUGAAUUUGUUGCCAUCUUUGAUGCUGAUUUCCAACCGAACCCUGAUUUCCUAAAACAGACAAUACCACAUUUUAAGGACAAUCCUGAGCUGGGGUUGGUUCAGGCUAGAUGGGCGUUUGUAAAUAAGGAUGAGAACUUGCUGACACGCCUCCAGAAUAUAAAUCUUUGUUUUCACUUUGAGGUGGAGCAGCAGGUCAAUGGAGUUUUUCUUAACUUCUUCGGAUUCAAUGGGACUGCUGGUGUUUGGAGGAUUAAAGCACUUGAAGAAUCGGGUGGCUGGCUUGAAAGAACUACAGUGGAGGACAUGGAUAUUGCUGUUCGAGCACAUCUUCAUGGAUGGAAAUUCAUCUUUCUUAACGAUGUCAAAGUCCUCUGCGAAGUCCCAGAAUCUUACGAGGCUUAUCGUAAACAGCAACAUAGGUGGCAUUCAGGUCCAAUGCUGCUCUUUCGAUUGUGCCUUCCAGCCAUCAUAACUUCCAAGAUAUCGAUUUGGAAGAAGUUCAAUUUAAUUUUUCUGUUUUUCCUCUUGAGAAAGCUCAUCCUUCCAUUUUAUUCUUUCACAUUGUUUUGCAUUAUUCUUCCUUUAACCAUGUUUGUACCAGAGGCCGAAUUACCACUCUGGGUGAUCUGUUACAUCCCUGUCUUUAUGUCGUUCCUCAACAUUCUUCCUGCUCUCCGUUCCUUCCCCUUCAUUGUUCCCUAUCUUCUCUUUGAGAAUACCAUGUCUGUGACCAAGUUCAAUGCAAUGGUGUCUGGGCUUUUCCAGCUCGGGAGCUCUUAUGAAUGGGUAGUUACCAAAAAGGCUGGCAGAUCAUCAGAGCCUGACCUACUUGCAGCAGCUGAGAGAGAAUCAAAGAGCUUGAACCAGCCACUUACACGUGGAGCUUCUGAAAGUGAACUUCUGGAACUGAACAAGCUGAAGGAACACAAGAAAACUCCUACUAAGAGAAAGCUCAAUAAGAUAUAUAAGAAGGAGCUAACUCUAGCAUUUCUCCUCCUCACUGCAUCUGGUCGAAGUUUGCUGUCGGCUCAGGGAAUCCAUUUUUAUUUUCUGCUCUUUCAAGGGGUGUCUUUCCUUCUUGUAGGCCUUGACCUAAUUGGCGAGCAGGUGAGCUGAUGCAGGAAUCUCCACUUCAACUGGUUUCAGUUAUUGAAAGCAGCAUUGGAGCUUGAGGGAGCUUCAUGUUGCAUAAAAUUUUAUGGAUGGCUUGUCCAUUCAGGGCUUUGGUCCUUUGCAUUUACUAAGAAGGGUGAGAAAGUUCCUAUCAAAGAAUAAAACUUUCUUGAUGUAGCCAAGAAAAAUGGUAUUGCAGGUGCCCAUGUAAGAAUCAAUCAGUCGCUUUUCCUUUUACUUCUUUGGACUGCCAAAGCCUUUCCUUCUUUAGCGUUACUCUGUUACAUAUAGCCAUUCAUCUCUCGAUUGGUAUAGAAUGGGGUCAGUAUUAACUCUUCGUCGGGUGUUCUUAUGUUCAGACUCAUCUCCUCUGUUUGACCUGGGGAAAAAAAGUUCCCAGAUGGAAAAAUAAAGGAGAAUAUGAUCUUGGAAGAAUUUUAAAUUUGUUGCAGUUGGGUCUGGUUCUCCAAUGCAAAAGUACCAAGAUGUAAACAGUCAUCUGUAAAUUUCAUUUAAUUGAGUUGAUGUAAGAUUAUUUAUCAGA